AAUAUUUGUUAUGUUAUUUUCUAUUGGUGGACCUAUGAGUCAUACAGCUAACAGACAAAUGGAAAACUGUGCCUGAGAGUGUAGUGCUCUUGCUGCGCAUCUGUGUUUCUGUCAGUUGCCAUUCGGCUUAUAAGGAAGGCUUUUCUUCACUUGAUGCGUGUACAACACUGAAUUUCGGUCUCUGGAGUCGACGUACGCAAGUGUCUGCACGAAUGCCAAGUUAAAGUCUUCUUUUGGAAAUCGAAUGUCUUCAGAGGAUAUCUAGAAACCUUUAUUUGAAUCAACUUUGAAGAUGGCUAACAAGGCGGAAUCAGUGAGCAGCAGUGAAAGCGUUCUGAGCUGGGAGCAGGUGAGCCGCCUGAAUGAGGUCCUGACGGAGGCGGUGCCUGUCCACGGUCGGGGGAACUUCCCCACUCUUGAGGUGCGGCUGAAGGACAUUGUGCAGAUGGUGCGCACACGUCUGGAGCUGAGGGGGAUUAAAGUGAAAGAUGUCCGCCUAAACGGAUCCACGGCCAGCCACGUGCUGGUCCAGGACAUUGGCUGGAGCUACAAGGACCUGGAUGUCAUCUUCAGAGUGGACCUGCCCCGGGAAGCAGAGUUCCAGCUCAUCAAAGAUGUGGUGCUUGGAACUCUCCUGGACUUCCUCCCUGACGGGGUGAACAAGGAGAAGAUCACCCCCAUGACCCUCAAAGAGGCUUACGUUCAGAAACUGGUUAAAGUCUACACAGAGCAAGACCGCUGGAGUCUCAUCUCGCUGUCCAACAACAACGGCCGCAAUGUGGAGCUGAAGUUUGUGGACUCCAUCCGCCGGCAGUUUGAGUUCAGCGUGGACUCCUUCCAGAUCGUGCUGGACUCCCUGCUUUCCUUCUACGACUUGUCCAAGACCCCCAUGUCUCUGCACUUCCACCCCUCUGUGAAGGGGGAGAGCAUGUACGGGGACUUCAGCAUGUCACUGGACCACCUCAGGAACAAGCUGAUCGCCACCAAGCGGCCAGAGGAGAUCCGUGGCGGUGGGCUGCUGAAGUACUGCAACCUGCUGGUGCGUGACUUCAGGCCCACCUCGGAGGAGGAGUUCAAGGGCCUGGAGCGCUACAUGUGCUCGCGCUUCUUCAUCGACUUCCCCGACAUUGGCGAGCAGCAGCGCAAGCUGGAAGGCUACCUGCAGAGCCACUUUGUCGGGGAGGAGAAGAGCAAGUAUGACUACCUCAUGAUCCUGCGCCGCGUGGUCAACGAGAGCACGGUGUGCCUCAUGGGCCACGAGAGACGCCAGACCCUCAACCUAAUCUCGCUGACUGCUUUCCGGGUGUUGGCGGAGCAGAACGCCAUCCCGGACGCCUCCAGUGUGACCUGCUAUUACCAGCCAGCGCCCUAUGUCCGAGACCACAACUUUAGCAACUACUACGUGGCCUCGUGUAACCAGAACAUUCCAACAUGGCUGCCAUGUAACUGAGACACAGAGAUGAGGACUGCUUUGUGAGGAAAAAUAUGCCAAAAAAAGAAUUGGCCCAUAGCUGAUGUUUCCCUCUAGGCAUAAAGGAUAUAUUUAAAUGGACAUGUUUUGUUUUUUGGACUCCCUUUUCCUUUCUCAUUCCUUGUCUGCAGAGAUGUCAUAAACAUCAGAUAUAAAGUGAUAUUUUUUAAGUGUUUGGACGGAUUAUAGUUUUUGGACUUGUCCGGAUAGUAUAGUUUUGUUUCCCCAUGUGACCAUGUCCCAGUUCCUAAUGAAUGUCCUAAUUCAAGACUGAGUUGUCCUUGGUGCCUUAACCCCAGGUGUCCCCCAGUUUGUCAACUUAGUAGAUGGUUCAUCUCUAAAGAAGGGGAAGUCACCAUUGCAUUGAAGGUCCUGUGUUUUGAAAAAAUGUGGACAAGAAAAUCAGAAAAUAUUGUUAAGGAAAAAAAAAGCAUAAAAGACAAAUUAAGUAAAAAGUAUAUAAGAUAAAUUGAAAAAAAAA